AUCGGAGGUCAAGUAUUUUUGUAGUCGUUAUUUGCUGUUAAAAUCACAUCAAGAACCCACUUUUUUAUGAAGAUAUGAUGUCCCUAACAACUAUCACAGAUGAAAAUAUACCGGAGGGAAUGACAACGCAGACGACAAUAAAGAGCAUCAGGAGCAACAAGGAACCGUCACCGAAUUAUGAAAAAGAAAGGGAAAAUUGUGUGAGAUAUUUUGAUCAGUGGAAAGAAAAUGAACAAAUUGAAUUUGUAGAACAGUUAAUUUCACGCAUGUGCCACUACCAGCACGGACAUAUCAAUUCUUUUUUGAAACCUAUGUUACAACGGGAUUUUAUUACAGCAUUACCAAAAAAAGGUUUAGACCAUGUAGCAGAAAAUAUUUUGUCAUACUUAGAUGCAAAAUCAUUAUGUGCUGCUGAGCUGGUGUGCAAAGAAUGGUAUAGAGUAAUUCAAGAUGGUAUGCUCUGGAAAAAAUUAAUUGAAAGAAUGGUGAGAACGGACCCACUCUGGAAAGGUUUAUCGGAAAGGAGGGGGUGGAGUCAAUAUUUAUUCCGUCCCAAACCAGGGGAAAUUCAACCAACUAACGACUUUUUCCGUAGUCAAUAUCCUAGAAUAAUAGAAGACAUAGAAGCAAUUGAAACAAAUUGGCGAUGUGGUAGGCAUACGCUUCAAAGGAUACAUUGCAGAAGUGAAAAUAGUAAAGGUGUUUAUUGUUUGCAGUACGACGACCAAAAAAUAGUUAGUGGUCUUAGAGAUAACACAAUAAAGAUAUGGGAUAGAAACUCAUUGGACUGUGUCCAAGUCCUAACGGGCCACACUGGUUCAGUAUUAUGUUUACAGUAUGAUGAGAAUGUUAUCAUCACAGGUUCAAGUGAUUCUACAGUCAGAGUGUGGAAUGUUCAUAAUGCAGAAAUGGUUAAUACACUUAUACACCAUUGUGAAGCUGUUUUACAUCUUAGGUUUAAUGAUGGUAUGAUGGUUACUUGUUCAAAGGACCGUUCAAUAGCAGUUUGGGACAUGCAGUCAUCCACAGACAUCAAUCUACGGCGGGUGUUGGUUGGACAUCGAGCUGCUGUGAAUGUUGUAGAUUUUGAUGAUAAAUAUAUUGUGUCAGCGUCUGGUGAUAGAACAAUCAAAGUUUGGAGUACGUCAACUUGUGAAUUUGUGCGAACUCUUAAUGGUCACAGAAGGGGCAUAGCGUGUCUGCAAUACAGAGACAGAUUAGUAGUUAGUGGUUCUUCAGAUAAUACAAUUAGGUUAUGAUAAUGCGUUUGAACAUAACAGUUUUCUAAUGCAGUGUGCAUUACAAUGAUUAUCACAUGUUUUACU